CUCAGCUGGGAGGAGGAGCCGGCCAAGGAGGCUGCCCGCCCAGCCGGCCAGAAGCUCCGCGCCGGCGUCUGGUGGUCCAGGCGGGCGGAGCGACCGGAACCGGCCGGUCGCCACCAUGGCCCGGCUGCUCCUGCCGCUGCUACUCCGCCAGGCGCCCGCAGCCUUCGCCGGCCCGACCGGAACGCGCCGCUGCAGCCUCGGUGCCUGCGCUUCCUAUCGCCUCCGGGACGGCGUACACCCCCUCUGGCAGAGCCCAAUUACUAUCCCGGGAGGCAGCCGCCAGUCUCCGAUCAAUAUCCAGUGGCGAGACAGUGUUUAUGACCCUCAUCUGAAACCCCUGGAAAUCCGCUAUGACCCGGACACUUGUCUCCACAUGUGGAACAACGGAUACUCCUUCCUGGUUGAGUUUGAGGACACCACGGAUAAAUCAAUCAUAACGGGAGGUCCCCUGGAGAACAACUACCGGCUGAAGCAGUUCCAUUUUCACUGGGGGGCUGUCAACGAAUGGGGCUCCGAGCACACCGUGGACUGCCAAGUGUUCCCAGCUGAGCUGCAUUUGGUUCACUGGAAUUGCUGCAAAUUCGGAAGUUUCGAAGAAGCUCUAAUGGACGAAAAUGGUUUGGCUGUCAUCGGGGUUUUUUUGAAGCUUGGAGCCAAUCAUAAUGGCCUGCAGAAAUUAGUAGAUGCCUUGCCAUCCAUUAAGUAUAAGGAUUCUCUGGUUGAACUGGAAGAGUUUGAUCCUUCCUGCUUGUUGCCUUCAUGUCCAGAUUAUUGGACUUACUCGGGAUCUCUGACCACCCCUCCGCUUUCAGAGUCGGUCACCUGGAUCAUCAAGAAGAAAGCCAUUGAGGUUGAUGAAGACCAGCUCGAGGUCUUUCGGAUGCUGCUCUUUAGCCCGGCUGGAGAAGACGAGAAGAGGAUGGUGGACAACUUCCGUCCACUGCAGCCCAUCAUGGACCGAACAGUCCGCUCCUCCUUUCCAAAGCGCUUCUGGCAGGACGUGGAAAAGCCGCUGGAGGACCAGAUGUUCCGCUCCCGUGAGAUGGGGCCCCUUCAGGACACUCUGCAUCUUUAAGAGGCCAAAUGUGAUUAUCUGCGCCCGAAAAGUAGUUUAGCAUCAAACUGGGGACAAGAUCCGUGGCUUCAAAGGGGCCGAGAGAUUUCUGGUCCUUCCCUCUUCCAAAAGGCUGCCCUCGUAGUGUGAGAACUGCUUGGACUCUUCUCCCCAAGAACAGAUCAAAGCACCAGUUAGGACUCCAAGCCUCACCUCUGCUGUCCAGGUGUUUCUCCAUCAGCAGAUGUUGCGUUGGAGGAGCUGAAUAGUUGGGCAAGGCCUCUCCGAGGACCUCUAAGGAACCAGGUCUGGUCACUGAGAGAGGGAAUUUAUACAAUUUGACAAGGGCAGCAAUUUGAUUUGGGUGUCAAGCUACUUUGACCCAGAUGCCAGGAUUGUAACAACCUGAAUUGCCGAUUGUUCUGGGAAUUAUAGUAUUAACGCACCUGAGGGCAAUUCUGUUGCAGAAACUUUUGCCAGACGGCCUAAGCCUCAUCUACCUCUAACGGGUAGUCUAACUUUAUAGCCGUUCCUCUCCUCCCCCAGCAAUUUUUCUGUCUCUGUACAUACAAGAGGCUGGGAGUUAUUUGGGGUCUAGGAAAGAAGGGGAAAAUCUUUUCUGUUUAAAUCAGCAGAUUUGAAUGGAUUUCGGGCUAUGAAACAACCAGGCGCCCUAAGAAGGAAAUACCUAACAUAGGCACAAUAUACAUUACAAGGAAACAUGAUAGGAUCCAUUUCCUAUCCUAAAUAUGUGUACUUAACUGAUGCACAAAACCUGCCAGAUUGUAAAUAUGCAUAUAUUUUUUUUCAUUCUGUAGCACUUUGAUAGCCUUUAAAACACAAACACUAGAUAGAGCCUGCACAGUGCCUGACCCUGUGGGAGAGAAUCAAUUCCUUGUAGCAGCUUGCUAAACCUUCAUUUGAGGUUUAGUGAGCACACAUUUGGUGCCAUAACUGAUAUGGGGCAUUCAAGAUGUGAAGUCCUGGUCAGCCACAUAGGAGGACUUGUGUGUUAACAACCUUAAUUUGUGUGUAUCGAAGCAGGAACAAAUCAAGCCUUACAACAUUGCUGCACAAGCUUGACGAUUUUAAGAUGUGACUUUCUGUUUUUCAUAUCAGAGUGUUUUGUAUCUCCUAAGUCCUUUUUCCUCUACCUGUAAAAGAAUCGGAAUAGGCGGCCUGAGAGAUUGAUGAAUCUAUUCAGCUUUUAUAAAAACGGCGCAGAAAGGAAGCUUACGCUGUUAGGCAUCUUUAUAAUAAAUAUGACGUUUUCUCUC